AUGAAGCUCAGGGGGCUGGUGCUCCUGUGCAUUACUGCUGUUGGCGUUGCUCAGCGGUGGCGCACCGACCUCCGUUGCGGCUCUAACUUCUCGGCACCAGACGGGGACAUGGCGGAGUGUGACCCGGACCCGGAGGGCGUGUACCCCUUCCCGUGCUGCUCCUGGAACGGCUGGUGCGGCGUCACCGAGAAUCACUGCGCAUGCUCUAGAUGCGUCGACUAUCGAGCCUUAGAUCCUCCGACCGACCUGAAGGUCAUCAACGCAACAGCGAUGACCUUGACCGUGACCUGGACUCCUGGAACGUCUGCGAGACUCCACUUUUACACCGUCCACGUGUGCUUCCUCCCGCCCAGCAGCCAGCCAUGUCCGUACAUCGAGGAGAACGCGGAGGGCAACGCCACCCAGCUGGAAAUCAAAGGACUGCAGCCCCUCAGUGGCUAUAACUUCAGCCUCUUUGCUGUUGGUUACUACGAAGACAGCGAUCCAAUUGCAACGCAGGGAGCUACACUGCCCCUAUCACCUGACAACGUCACCGCAGUUGUCACGACGACGGACGCCUUUACGGUGGAUUGGGAUUACGUAACGUUAGACCGUCUUCUCGGCUUCAAUGUUACAGUAAUCGCUUCUGGUUUCGCCGAUGUUGUGCAAUCUGUUGGGAUAACUAUCAGAACGGCAUCGUUCAGCGGGCUUCAGCCUGGUACGCUCUACCGCGUCGAAAUCACUGCUGCUACGAUUGACUCCGACUCCGAGCCAACCGUAUUAAACGUUACUACAGAUACGGAUCCUCCUAUAGCUUUAACAGCAGGGGAGACAACAACUACGUCCGUGCAAAUCUCCUGGACAGCUCCUGUAGCCACCUUGCAAUCAUACCGGCUCAAGAGAACAAACGCACUGGGACAGACGCUGCCUAACGUGACCAUACCGUCCGGCGCCUCCCAGUUUUCAGUCACCGGUCUUACACCAGCCAUGAGUUACAACAUCAGCCUGAUCGCAGUCAGUUAUGUUGGAGAGAGUACACCAGCUACGGUCACUGUUGUUACAGAAACGGAUCCUCCGACCUUUGUGAGGUGGUUGACGCCAGCCCUUAACAGCAUCACCCUUCAGUGGGUCCCACCGCAAGCAGAAAUCAUCCAAUACAACGUGACGUACCGACCAGCGGACGGGGGGUCGGUUGUGUACCUGAACCCUCCACCGGGGCCGCAGGAUACCGGAUGUUUGCUGGACGGGUUACUGGCAGACACGCUGUAUCUGAUACACGUUAGCGCUGUGAGCACGUACGAUGAAAGCGAACAAGUUUUCAUCAGUGCCUUCACUGGCGUGAAUGUCGCUCAGGGCAAGACUGCGUUCCAAACAAGCACCCAUCCGAACGGCGGGGCUCCCAGCAGGGCAGUAGACCAGAACACCGAUCCUGACUUUCAAGCAGGUUCCUGUUCACACACACUGGAGGAGGAUGAUCCCAGCUGGUGGGUGGAUCUUCGUCAGCCGCAUAUGAUCAACAGAGUGGUCAUCUUUAACCGCCAGGACUGUUGUCAGGAGCGACUCAACCCCUUCAAUAUCCACAUCGGAGACUCUGACCAGGUCAGCACGAACCCCAUGUGUGGCACUGAUCAUCAAAUCAACGCCAGUGUGCCUUCCCUUGAUAUUCAAUGUUCUGGGAUGCCGGGUCGGUUUGUGGGCAUUCGUCUUCCCGGACCCUCCCGAAUACUGGCCUUGUGCGAAGUCUUUGUAUUUGGAGACCCUUUGCCAACAACAACAGUUCCUCCGUCUACAGCAAGUCCCUCGACAUCUGAUUGCCCAAUAGCAGACUACGUUCAUUUCAACGGAUAUUGCUACAAGAGCUUUACGGAUCCGAAGACGCGUGACGAGGCCAAACAGACGUGUGCGGAAGACGGCGGGAUUUUAGCCAUGCCGAAGGACAAUGCCACCAAUGCUUUUCUCGCUAAUCUAGCAGAAGUAGUAUGGGGUCGCUGGUUAGGGCUGGCUGACACAAAUGGUGAUGCACAGUGGGUAUUUGAGAACGGCCAACCCCUGACGUCAUCUGACUACUUCAACUGGCUUCCCGGUGAACCGACACCAGAUUACGGCCAGGGCGGCUGCGUCGGAUUUUGGGAGGAUGGAUCCUCAUGGGAUGAGAAAGACUGCAGCGAGCUCAGGGGAUUCAUAUGUCAGAUAAAUGAAGGUACUAAGAAGUGGCGUGAUGACCAGCGUUGCGGGCAGGGCUACCCUGCUGAAGACGGUAACCCUGCUGAAUGCGACCCUGGCGGGAUAUACCCAUGCUGCUCUCCGCAAAACUGGUGCGGCAACACUGCGGCCCACUGCAGCUGUUUUGGCUGUGUCGACUACAGAAACACAGUUCCUUCUACAGUUUCAUGGCUGACGCAGGACGUAGGCUGGGUCGUGGACUCUGCCGGGACUCCGUGGGUGUUCAACGGAGUAGUAUACAACGCCGAGAAAGCAUUUGAUGGAGACUUCACCACCUAUUGGAACCCUCAUAGCCCCCAGCACUACAACAACUGGUACAUCGUGCUGGAUCUCGGACAGACCUACACUCUGGUCCGGGUCGCCGUGCUAAACUUUGCAGAUGUAGAACACGACAUAGAAGUCUUCAAACUACAGGCGUCUCAGGUUGGAAGUCCGUUCGCCUGGGAAGACGUCGUAACUGUAACUAACGUGCUGGUAGCGACAACUCAGCGUCAGGAGUUCGGCGGUUUCCGGGGUACGGCGCGGUACUGGCGAUUCGUGGUCACGAGAACUCCCAAUGGCUAUCAGCCAAGGCCCCGGGAAAUACAUCUAGCGAGGGAUACAACAACCGAUCUGACUGUCGAGGACAUUUUCGAACAACUCUACCGGGACACAGCACCAGAACCGCAGAGUCCUUGGUGCAUCCGAGCAAUCGAAGAGGUGAACAGGCUGUCCACUCAUCCAGGAAGUGCACAGGAUCUGAUGACGUUGGCAAACCUCACGCAGCAGCUGACGUACCGCUGCAAGACAACAGAACUGAAUCUGGAGAAAUUGGGAGAUUACACCACCUCGCUGGCCGUGAGUGCGGUGUUGUCCAUGGCUGACAGACUGCUGAACUUUAACGGCACGGUCACCUUUAAUGACAUAUACCAGGUGUCGGAAUAUUUGAUCGACAGUAUCGACUCCUUCUUCACCCUGAACUCCUUCGAUCAUGUCCACUUUAUUGUUAACAAGACGCAAGCUGUCUACGACGAGCUGUACCUGACUCCCAGAGAGCGCUACGAGAAGGAACAGCAGCGGGAACAGCAGCUGGCCGACCUGAAGGGACGCGAAAUGGUGGCUAGACGAGAGGCUACAAGGAGUAGUGUUGUCGCACUAGACAGGAUAGCCACGGCUUUACUGAGUAAGGCAAACCUGAGCAUGGUCGUGAGUAUCGUGUCCUACAGCAUCGGACUGCACGUGGGGCGGAGUACACCUGCCGAGCUAGGGAACCUCACGCUGAACGUCACCUGGGGGAGUCUGACGUUUCCUCCUGCGAGCUGUCUGUUUGGCGGUUUGGAUUCAAACGAAACGGUUGACUUUAAGACAACUGAAUUCAUAGAGAACCCGUUCGUAUGGGACGACACUGCGGAUUCCGUGACAUCUUCCGUCUUGGACCUGGACAUCAACAAGAGUAACGGAACAGCCAUUCGGGUAUCUGGGAUGUCGGAAGACUUUGUCUUCUACCUGCUCAAUCCACCGCUCGACUCUUCUACCAGGUCAACGUUUGAAUACAUUCCCAUCAACAACAGUACGAUAAACAACCAUCCCGUGAACGUCACCGAUUGGAGAAGCGGUUUGUUGAUCAGUGUCAUCCCCUCUACACCAGGAGAUGUCUACCAUGUCUACGUAGGGCUGGACUACAAACCUAACUCCACUCACUACAUUGUAAAACAGACGUUCCCUGCGUCAGGUUUUGCUGAUGACACGUAUUCGGUUCUCGUAGUAGACAUUCCCGACACUGGGGUCUACAAUAUUGGCGUGGAGAAAGACGACAAGACAGAAAACGGUACUUACACCUUUGGAACCAUCGUGCUAGGCUGUCGCUGGUGGGACGAGAAGGAAGAGGCGUGGUCAUCGGAAGGCUGUCAGGUUGGCCAAAACAGUGACAUCAACGUGACCGAGUGUCUGUGUAACCACCUGACCGCCUUCGGCGCAGACUUCGUCACCCCGCCCAACACUAUCGACUUCAGCACGGUGUUCGCAAAGUUUGCCAACCUCUCGGACAACGCCGUCGUCUUUUCCACUGUCAUCGUCAUCAUCUGUCUGUAUUUCAUCGCGCUGCCGUUUCUACGGAGACAGGACAAAAAGGACCUCAUCAAAUGGCAGAUGCGGAUGCUGCCAGAUAACGGCAUCCUGAACGACUAUUAUUACCACAUCGCCGUGUUCACGGGCAACCUGGGCGGGGCAAGCACUACCUCACGUGUGGCGUUCAAUCUCAUGGCAGAGACUGAGGAAACAGGCGUGCGGAUAUUUGACUUCAAUCGCUAUAAGGGUAAAAUCUUCCAACGAGGCAGCGUUGACAACUUCAUCAUGUCGACGGAGAAGUGUCUCGGGCCGCUGCAGUUCCUCCGGCUCUGGCACGACAACAGCGGCAAGGGCGCCGGCAAGUCCUGGUACAUCGAGAAAGUCGUCAUUCAAGAUCUUCAGACGGAUGAAAAGUGGUUUUUCAUCUUCAACAAAUGGCUGGCUGUUGAGAAGGAUGACGGACUGGUGGACCGCAUCGCUCCCACGGCGGGGAAGGAGGAACUGACGUCAUUCCUGUACCUAUUCUUCACUUCCGCUCGGCAGAACCUGUCUGACGGGCACCUGUGGCUGUCCGUGUUCUCUAGGCCGACUAGGAGCCACUUCACACGGGUUCAGCGCUGGUCCUGCUGCGUGUCCAUCCUCUUCACGACCAUGAUCGCGAACGCCAUGUGGUACCGGACAGACGACAACGUCGGCACCACCACGUCCCUCCGCCUGGGGCCGUUCGAGUUCACGCUGCACCAGCUGUACGUCAGUGUCAUGAGCACGCUCACUGUCGUGCCGGUCAACGUGCUUCUGGUGCAGAUCUUCAGAACUACUCGUCCCAAAGAUAAAGAAGAGAGAGACAAACAACUGGACCGAGCAGAGCGCAGGUCCCGGAAGCGGAUGUUGCCCCACUGGUUCGUGUACGUGGGCUGGGUGCUGGUGUUUCUGGUGGUGGCAGCCUCUGCCUUCUUCACCGUGCUGUACAGUAUGGAGUGGGGCGCUGUGAAAGCCAACAAGUGGUUCUCCACCUUCAUGCUAUUCGUUGCUAUCACGGUAAUUUCAGGUCCCUGUGAGACCAAGCCGGAGCUCCUGUCUAUGUUCACGCCGUGUAUAGCGGCGUACUCCUCAGGUAACGAGGAUACAGGUGCUUACGGUCACUAUUGGGCACCGCUAACGGGGAACCGCAGCGACGAGCACUGGACGUAUCAAACCAGCAGUGAUCUGGAGGGUCUCCCCGUCGUGGGAACCAUGGCGACGUACGGGGGAGGCGGGUUUGUAGCUACACUGGGAACACUCCGACAUGAGGCUCUCAAAACCAUCAGGUCACUGAAGAGUGAGAACUGGAUAGACAGACAAGCAAGGGCUGUAUUUGUUGACUUCACUGUUUACAACGCCAACAUCAACCUGUUCGGAACGGUAACGCUACUCAUGGAGCUCAUACUGACCGGAGGCACCAUCCACUCUCACAGCAUCAGCGUCUACAGGUUGUUCAAUUACGUCGGCAGCAGCGGACAUCUCAUUUUGGCUGCACAGAUCGUCUUCGUCCUAUUCCUGAUAUACUUCAUGUUUCACGAGUACAAGAAACUCAAAAAGGACAGACUGAAAUACUUCAGGUCUUUCUGGAACAGCAUCGAGUUUAUCAGCAUCCUCCUCUCCCUCAUGGCUAUUGCUUUGUUCGUGGUCAAGUAUCUCAUGACGAAUAUGGCUAUUGAAACAAUAGUGAAGUCGAAAGGCCGGUGGGGAAUCGAAGUCUUUGUAAACUUCCAACGCAUUGCCUAUUGGGAUGGCGUCUACAGCCAGAUAUCCGCCAUCUUGGUGUUCACCAACAUCAUGAAGUUUAUGCGCAUCCUGGUCUUCAGUCGCCAUGUUGCUAUUCUUCAGGUUUCUUAA